CCUGAGGGCAAAGUCUUCGUCUUUUUUCCCCCUGAAUGCGCGCGCGCGCGCGCGGCGUCGGCGACAAACCGCAACUCUCGCAGGAAAAAAAAAAAGGAACGGGGGUGAGGUGCGCUACGUCAGAAGCGCAGGCUGGGAGCUCCUUUUUUUUUACGCUACUGCCCUAACCUCCCCUCUCCCGCGCCUUGAGCAGCUCUCCUGAGCCCCAGCGGCCCUGCUAUUGGCGGGGGUGUUGCGGGGAGGUGAGGAAGGCAGCGAAGGCGAAAGCGACACGUGACCGAAGCCCCGGCAAGGGGCUGGAGCAGCGGAGAGGGCGAGUGCGCGCGCGUACGGAGGGGGGGAGGGGCUGAGGAGGGUAAGCAGCAAUAGCAGCGAGAGCCGCGGCGGCGGCGGCGGCAGCUGCGGCACGUGCUGCCUGGUUGGUAGGUGACGAGGCGUUCCGUUCGCGUCAGGGGAGGCGUUAAUAGAGCCGUCGCGCGGGCCGGCGCUCGCUGGGCGGGGUUAACGGUCCGGCCUCCCUUCUCCCCUUCCGACGGGGAGAAGACGGGGUAGCGGUAGUGUGUGAGCCGCGCUUUGGGCGGGAACAGGUCCGUCGGCCGGGCCCCGCCUCGUGGCGGGCUGCUUGAAGCCGGAGUGAGAAGGCAGAGAAAAGGGGCGUUGGCCUGGGACAGGUGUGGGGAGGAGAGCUGCGGGGUGGGGCAGGCUUUGGACGGGGUGGGUAUGGGCGUAGCAGGACCGAUGUAAUUGGUUAAUUAAAUAUUCUGGGGGCACCUGCCCCCUUGACUACGCCCAUGGGGGGGCGGCAGCCAGUAGUUCAGUCUGAGGUGAUGCGAACGUGGCGUUGGGGUUCAAGAGAGGCCGCUUCUUCCGCUGUUCUUGUUUCACGUGUUCUCGGUUCCCCCUCUCCCAAAUCACAGGGCCGAUUCGGAGUAGGUUAUAUCUGAGGGUACCACUAUGGAGGAGGAAGACUGGGACGAGGAGAUCACAGAUGUCAACAGGAGCAGUACCACGGGCGGAGGUGGCAGGAGUGCUUUGCCCCACUUUCAGCCCAGCUUCGAAAAGCUGGUGGGUUGCCCAGGGAAUCCACAAAUCAGGAUGAGUGAAGAGGUGGUUCCUCAUUCCUCAUUGCUUUGUAGUUCUGUAAAUGUGUCUCUUUGGGUGUGAGUGGGUUGGUGGGAAAAUGGGAGAGGAGAUUCCAUUGGGUUGCCAUAUUUCAAAAAGUGAAAAUCCAGACGGAAAAGUUUUUGAGCUUUUUAUUUUAUUUUUUGAACUUUUUGAGAUAUUUUAAAUUUUAAAGAAAAAUUUCCAAAAAUGACACUGUCAGCAUUGGUUAUCAUACAUGCAGAUUUUCCCACAAGUUUCAGUGAAUUGCGCCCGGACGCUGCUUCCAGCAGCCAAUUGCCGGCUAUUUCUGGGAAAUUCUGGAUGCAUGGCAACUCUAUUGAUUGAGCUCCAGGACUUUUAAAGACCCACUUGAGAGUGCCGUGUUUUUAUUUACUGGUUUUGUUUUGAUAACAUUUAGGGAACAUUUAGAUACUGCUUGACUGUAAUAUGAACUGAUCUCCCCUGGAAGUAAACUAGUGUACAUUAAGGAGAGAUAUUUUGGCCUAGUCAUCUUCUUAUUAGCAGGAAAGGGGUUUUUUUGAAAUGGCACAGGCUAUUCUACUUUUGUAUUUGCAGUCCUACUUCAUGCUACACAUGUGUAGACAAAGCCUAUAAUUCUUAGGUACUUUCACUUUGCUUUUUUGAGGAAUAAUCACGGUUGGAAGCUGCUCUUUGGAUGCAGUUUUAGGAUGCACUUCUAUACAGAGUUAACUUAAGAAUGCAACACUUUUAUUUGAUUUUGACUUCGUUACAAGCAAGCAUGCAGAGGAUUGAGCUAUUGCCUUAUUUUGUCUCUGAACUUCGCUGUCACCUUGAUUUAUUUUCUUCCUCUCCUCUCUCCCCCUGCCCCAAGCAUCUGUUAUGUGGAUGGUGGCUUGAACGUUCAUGGAAUAGAAGGGGAUAUUUUUUCAUGGAUUAUUUGAUCCCGUACUAUACUAUCCAUGUGAGCAGCUCUUCUAUGUUUAUAUGCUGAGCAUGCAGGAAGAGGCCUCAUUCUUCUACAUGUGCAGUGUAGAAGUGCAGUGGAGAAAUGAUGUGAUUUUUGUCUCUGCUGCAAGUCAUUCUGCUUGUACUUGGGCUGGAUGUGCAGGGGGCUGCUGUGCCUUGCAUGCUUCUAGCAUAGAUGCUUAGGUUGGUGUCAAAUGCACAGAUGGCUUUUUCCCCAUCUUUACUAGCAUGCCUUGUUUUUCUGCUAUUCAUGCAGAAGGUUUGCCUGCUGGAUGCUUAUGAGGAGUCUUACUGCUACAGACUCCAUUAGGAGGAAGAGUGGGAUAACAAUUGAUUAAAGAAAUCUAAAAAUAUAAAAACACAAUAGACAGCUGGAGGCAUCAAAUGCGCCAUCCCUUUCUACAGAAGUUUUCCUUCGCUGCUAUAUUAAGCAGGGUGUAGGAAAAGUGUCUUUCUCCAUGCCAAACAUAGACACAUUGUGGGUUGCUUGAGUAAGGCUUGGACACUCUAUCCUUCUACCAAUUUUUUAAAAAAAUGUGACUCUGAAAUCCUCUGGUGAACAGUUGAGUGGUUAAAAGCAAGGCUCUAGUAGACUAUAUUUGGGGCGGGGGGAAUGGUUGGUAUAGUAGUUCCAGCAUGGUCUUAACUCUUCACGCAACCCAGUCAAAUGGUACAAAUAGUAAAACUAUUUUUAUUUUAUUGUAGGGCAGCUUGAUUACAGGAGCAAAUGAAACCUCAUGCAAUUUCAAUCAGAAUGCAACCCCCCCAGGUAUGUGAUAAGACUUUGAAAAGGAAUAUUCUGUCUAGAAAAAAGCUGGUACAAAAAACUUUGUAGUCAAGUGUUCCUAACAGUUGAAGCCUGUUAAAUUGGGUUGACUAUGAAGCCUUGUAUGAGAUCAGCUAUGAGUUUAAUUAUGGUAUUGUUGAAAUUAAGUUCACCUGAGGGGUUUGAAAGCCCUACAGCUGGGCUGUAGAGUGAAUUGGGCUAAAUAUAAGUUGUUGAUCCUUUUUAAUUGGUCUGCAUAAAUUUGCAAUUGAAUAAAACAGUAAUGGUGAAGAAAACAAUUUUUACUUUUUAAGAGAGGAAACUUAUUUGCAGCAGGAAAUAUAUUGGAGGCAAUUUUCCUGCUGUUAGAAAGGAUAAUUUAAUUCCUCUUCUACAGUAUCAAGUCUGCUACCUAUAUUAUUUUGAAUGCUUCUAUUAAGGAGAAAAAUAGUCAUUAAGAACUACUGUCUGAUUAAUCUGGAACACUGUAGCCAGCUACCUACAAUCAGUGCUACCAUCUAGACCAGGCAUAGGCAAACACUGGCUCUCCAGAUGUUUGGGACUACAAUCCCCAUCAUCCCUGACCACUGGUCCUGUAAGCUAGGGAUAAUGGGAAUUGUAGUUCCAGAACAUCUGGAGGGCCGGAGUUUGCCUAUGCCUGAUCUAGAUUGAUGAAACGUAAGUUUUGAAUAAAUUAUGUUUGCUUCUUAAAAAGAUCAGACUUACGAAACUCAGUUUUCUCCCUCUGUGUUCUGUAAGAAGUGAGUUAUUAUUUAUUUAGUACCAGCCCCUAUUUGCACGAUGUUACAUGAAUUGGCACUUUUUAACAAUGUAGAGAUAGUUUGUGGACUUGAGCUACAGUCCGAAGCUUCAUUGAACACUUCUAAGGAAACCUGUAUAGAAGUGUGCUGCAUACUGAGUUAGACUGCACCUGGAGAACAAACGGGCUUUGUGAAGUAGUCUGCACAUUGCUUUGAUUUUUUGUUGGUCCUAAAAAGUCCAUUCAUCUAGGAUUUUUUCCUUGAAUGGAGAGUCAGAUAUUUAUACCUUUUGUUGAGAAUGCUGAGUAAUUCUUAAGGAUUCCCUCCUUCCCCCAUUAUGGCAGUUUAUGGAUAAUUACUUGUGUUUAUUGCAACCAAUGUGAAUUUAGUUCCCAAGAUGUUUAAUUGCAUGAAUAUUUAAAUAUUUAAUAUUUAAAUACUCAGCACAAUAGAAGAAUACAGGUAAUAGCUAAAUUAAACCCCCAAGAAUAUUGGCAAAGUGGUUAAAGGUAAGUAGAUGUUGUUGGGUAUUUAUGCUCUAAGAUACUUAGUAUGCGAAGCCAGAAGGUUAUGUCAUUAUUAUAAUUUAUUAUACUUUGUCAUUUGAAAGUUUGUGCAUUGAACCACUGCCAGCUUGUUAAUAGUUUUAUGCUUACCUUUUCAUAAGUAUUUGACUUUUCAGAAGAUCUGUUAAUAUUUAACUGUACUUCUGAACAUGUACCUUAUGAACAUCUUCAAAAUGUCCAACGUAAUAACUUCUUUUUAGGACGUGGUUCCACUGAAAAUGCAGCUCCUUGGGGUCGUACGUUUGGAGGUAUAUAUUUCUGUAUAUUCCUUCCCAUUUGUGUUCUAGGAAAUAUAAAUCAUAUCGGGCUCUCUAAAUAUGUCUCUUAAUGUUGUACAUGCACACCUUUUGCUUUUCAUUGGGCACAGUAAUGUAACUUAAUGUUGGUAUGUGUCUUCACUGCAUGUAUAGUGGUUUUGGAAAACAGUUGUGGCCAUGAGUGAUGCUAUGAUACUUCCCUGAACACUUUAAAAUUAAAAAUUCUUUUUGCCUGUUGGAGGGGUGGGGAGCCUUUUUCAGCCUGAAGGCUGCAUUCCCCAAAGACCAGCUUUCUGGGGGCCAUAUGCCAGUGGUGGCAUGGUCUAAAUUAACAUGGGUGGGGCCACCCUACAUUGUGUUACACAUGCAAACACAUGUAGCAUGCAUGCAUGCACACAUCCAGUAUUGCACAUUAAUUUCCCUUUUCUGCUACAAUUAGGUUAGGAAAAGGUGUUCUUAUUGGAGCCAAUACAAGCUUAACAGGGGUGCCUAUUUUUGGGAGACGGAAGUCACAGUACAGGGUGAAAGAAGAUUAACAUUUUCAUCCAUCACCAUCUCAGCUGUGACCCUUCCCCUGAAAUGGCUGCCCAUGCAGUGUUUAGUUUAGAAAAAAAGCCUCUGAUCAGCUGUACUAGGUGAGUUUUAUGAAGCCUAAUUUUGGCUGUUGCGAGAAUGACUGCUGGCCAGAUAGGGAGAUGAGAUCCCUUUGGUAUGUGGGUCAGAGCAUUUACAUAGACGGCUUUGUAUGGGAAAGGGCAUAGGAGAUACUUAGUAAAUAGUAAGUAAUUUUUUAUUUAUACCCCACCCUCCCCAGCCAAGACUGGGCUCAGGGCGGCUAACAUCACUUAGUGAGUUCUUUCAUUGUGUUGUGAGCCAGGUGUGCACACAUAUACCUUUGAACAACUGCACAAGAAGUCAUUAGUUAAUUUGGAAGCUCACUAUUCCUUACUUCAAACAAGCAAGAAUAUAAAGCCAGUUUUAGGCUCUGGCUUCAUAGUUUGGCUUGUUUGGAAGCCAUUCAUCAUAGUUUGAAGGGAAACCUGGGCUGCAAUCCUAGCUCCAUAUACCUGUGGGUAAGCCCCAUUGCAUUCAGUAGGCAUUCUGAGUAGGCAAAGAUUAGGAUUGCAGUGUAAGCUGUAAAAAAAAUUCCCUGGUUAUGUAAAGGGAAGAGAAAAAUGGCUGUAUUAAGUCAAGAUAAGGCCUAACUAAAUGCAGCCAUUGACUGCAUUCAGAAAUAACAUUAAAUAAUUGUCAGAAGUACAAGCAAGUUUCCCGCUAAGCAAAGGAUGGCAGUGCAAGGGUAGACAGGCACACAAGUUGGGUGCUAAUCUCUGCUAUUAGUACUAGAUCAAAGUUUAGCAACAUGUUGUAAUAAGAAAGCAUUGCAGUGAGGUGAGUACGGUAAUUGUUUUGCAUCAAUGUCUGAACUGAGCCAUAGAGCAGGCUUGCAACACAGUAGGCCAAACUAUUUCUUGUUGAGGCCACACCAAUGUCUGGACUCUCAUAGGAGAUUGUAGCAGCGUUGCUCUUCACUAGUCCUUACUUCUGCACUGUGCUGAGCUAAAGCUAGAGUUCAUAGUUCUCUUCUUGCUAAUCACAAGCUGUAAACCUUGUCUUAGUUCAGUUCAACACAGCUUGACAGUGAAAAGGACAACUGAAGAGCAAAGUGACUGCUGGGCCCUCUGGGAGACUGCACAUUAGCUUACCAUCUUAUGCAAACCAGUUCAUACUGAACAGUCUUCAGUACAGUGGUACCUUGGUCUACGAACUUAAUCCAUUCCAGAAGUCUGUUCUUAAACCAAAACCAUUCUUAAACCUAGGUGCGCUUUCCUGCCGCCAGUGCCCUUCCACCAUUCGGCUUCCAUUCUUAGACCGAAGUAAAGUUCGCAAACCGGGACACUACUUCCUGUUUUUUAGAGUUCGUAAACCGAAUAGUUGGUAAACAGGGCUGUUUUUAAACCAAGGUACCACUGUAUAUCUAAACAAAGUAAAGAAAGUAAUCAUCUGUGGUAAACAAAUAUUUUAACAUUUGUCAGGUGUUGGUGGAAAACCAAAUGGAGAAGACAAACCAACAGGUGGAUUUGGAAGUGGAAGGACUUUUGGAAACCGAGGUAGAUUGUUUGGUCAAACUUGUGUUUAUCACAUGCAGGUGUUGGUUGUUGCUGGCAUCUGCAAUUUUAUCUUAAUCCUAACCACGCUUUUAAAUGUUGAACUAACUUGGUCAAAUAGUUCUAAUUGCUUCAGUAACUUUGAAAAAGCUCUAGUGUGCAUAAAGUUAUUUGAUAAAAAUUAAGGCAUUUCGUGAGAGAGCUGAUAGUGUAAUUUGAUAAAAAGAUGUUCUUAAUGGUAAAUGUAAAUCAUGAUAAUUGAAAUCAGUGUAAUGUUUAAUACGAGGAUGCUUCGAGUAUUCAUUCUGGUUCAACUGAAACGUGUGUCUCUAUAUCUUUUUACCUAUGGUUCCAAACCUUUUCCUCUAUGGAGUGCUGGAAAAUUGCUGAGGGUCUUGUUGAACCACUUAAUGAUUUUUCUGCCAGUUGUAGCAAUUGUAAUACAUUGUGUCAAAUUAAUUGCAUUUAAUUUAAUUUUUAUUGCUGCUUUUAUUUCUUGUAAUACAAUAAAAACAAAGAUACAGUUAAAAUCAACAUAAAUAUUUAAUGCAGACAUGCUGCAGAUCACCAGGAUAAAGCUCGUAGACCUCUAGUGGUCUAUGGAGAGCCAGUGUGGUGUAGUGGUUAGGAGCAGUGGACUCGUAAUCUGGGGAACCGGGUUCGCGUCUCCGCUCCUCCACAUGCAGCUGCUGGGUGACCUUAGGCUAGUCACACUUUUUUGAAGUCUCUCAGCCCCACUCACCUCACAGAGUGUUUGUUGUGGGGGAGGAAGGGAAAGGAGAAUGUUAGCCGCUUUGAGACUCCUUCGGGUAGUGAUAAAGCGGGAUAUCAAAUCCAAACUCCUCCUCCUCAUCAUCCUCUUCCUCCUCCUCUUCUUCUAUGGACCACAUUUUGAGAACCAUUGCAUUGUAUUGUAGGGUCUUUUUUGCCAGGGAAGGGGGAGCGAAAUAUCAAUUUGAGGUUCUAGCCCCAUGGACCUGGGAGUUGCCCCACUGAAUCCAGUAGGGCUUACUUCUAAGUUGAUGUGCAUUGGAUUGUGCUAAGAAUGUAUCAAAAAGUAGAAAAUAAGCAGUUUACUUUUGGAAUGCAAUAUAGUCAUGUGACUUUACCUGUUUCUCUGCCAUAUUAAAUAUGUAUUAAUUAUAGUUGGCCAGUGGAGACAAUGGGCCAAGAAGAGGGAAGGACAGGCACUAGUGAGGGAUAGAAAUUCUGGGAAUAAAUGCUAAUGUUCCUCAGGGCUACUUAAAAUGUUCAUGUGUGCUUUGAAAUGCGAGUGAAUGGAAUUGUAGAACACUUGCCUUUCUCUUGCUUUCUACAGCUACAUCUGGAAAUAGAUUUGAAGAUAGGAAGUUUUCAAGCUUUGAGAGAGGUACAGUUGCAACCCUCCGCAGAGUCCUCUAUCAGUUGAAAUACUUUAAAAUCUCAUUAAAAUAUAUUUUCUAGACUAAAUACAAAGCAAGACAGUUAUAAUGUACUGUAUAGCCCCUGUUUUACCAUGGAAACGGCCUUGGUUGCCUGGUAUUAUUACCUCUGUUGGGAGAGGGACAGGAGAAGUGCACUCCUGUUAUUUCUCCUUGAGUUUUCAGUAACUUUUGAUAAAAUUGACCACGAUACUUUUCUAGAUGGCUAAGCUCUGGAAACCUAGGUUGGAUUACUGCAAUGUAAUUAUUAUUAUUAUUAUUAUUAUUAUUAUUAUUAUUAUCCCGCACUCCCCAGCCAAGGCCGGGCUCAGGGCGGCUAACAAGCAAUAAUAAAAACAAGUUGAAUGAAUACAACUUAAAAACAAGAUUAAAAUACAAAAUUAAAAUAUUGAAACAUUAAAAUAUUAAAAUGCAGCCUCAAUGUACAGUAUUAUACAUGGGGCUGCCCUUGAAGAUGGUUUGGAAAAUGCAGAAUUUGGCUAGAUUGUUGAUUGUGGCAAGACGGUCUGAACAUAAAAUAGCAAUUCUGACAUGACUGCUUGCCUAUCAGUUUCCAGGCUCAGUUCAAAGUGCUAGUUUUGACCGUAUAGCAUUAUACAGCUCAGGACCUCAGCGUGCUGUCGCUUUUGUGAGGAAAUAUAUAACCCCAGCAAUAGUACAAUAAUAUUUGCACAUGUUUGGUAUAGAGAAAUAAGUUGUGAUUGUCUGAUGAAGGGCGGUGUACAAAUUUAAUAAUAAUAAACACCUGUUUUUUAAUAAAUUGAAAGAUAAAUGUGAGCUUUGCUUACAUCCUUAAGAUGACUUUUAAGUGUCUGCAGAAAUGAGAAUUUUUUAUUGCUUAUUUUAUUUUUGUCAUAGAAGUAGUUGAUGAUGAUCAAGAAAGCCAGUCAAACAGAGAAGUUCCUAGGAGAGGAGGUAAAGCCCUAUAAACAACAAAGCUUAGAAUUCCCAUGCUUGCUUUUUCUUCCUUGCUGGUUUUGGAACAUGAGUUCUUUUAAGAUCAGAAAAUUAUUGAUCAAAUACUGUUGUAUUUUUGUUCUCAAGGAAUGAUUGCUGGUGGCAAUAGGGGUGGAAGAGGAUCUGGCAGAGGAGGAUUUGGGCGAUUUGGAAGUAAGCUCUAUAGUUUUUAAUUGUGUUAGUAACCAAGUAAAAUGUAAUUAUUCAGUCUAGCCUGGAGAGUCUAGAAAUGAAAAUAUGUCAGAUGGGUUUUGUGGUUAAGAUUUUGUUUUUGAUACCUUAUACAAAUACUCUUAUUUGGGGAGGAAAAAAGCCUUUACAUGGACUCACUGUCUUGAAGAGUCAUUAGUUACCAACAGAUUAAGACCAAUAUUUGUUUUUAUCCCAGAUGUAUAUAAACUUUUUAAAUUGUAAUGUUGGACCAGAAGAAGAUAAGGAUUACAUGGCGAAAUGAGCAUAGGAUAUAGGGGGAAAUAUCUCAGUGCACGUCUAGGAGAGAACUCACAUACAAAUGAGUGGUAUGAAGAAAAUGUGGCAGCGUUUCUUAAUAACUUAAACCCAUGCAUUUUAUAAGAAUAAAAGAAAAGAACCACAGUACAAGUUUAUUUCAAAUUGAUCUAUCCCUGGUAAUUAAUGUAAGGUGAACUAUGAACUCAACACUUUCAAAAAUACACUUUUUCAGUAUUUGAGGGAAUUAGGUAUGAUUUAAGUUUUUAUUCAUUUAAUAUCAGUCUGUAUUAUAAUUCUUUUAUUUGGUAAGAUGUAUUUUUUAAUGCUAGUACAGUAGUUGUUUUUUAAAUACUAGUAGUUCAUGUGGGCUGGAGAGUGCUAUUUUAGAAAAGUUGCUUUUAACAUUUAAAAUAUUUAUAUUCUACCAUUGCAUGAAAACCUUUUCAACUUGUAAAACAGAAGAAAUCCUUAUGUUUGGGUUGAAUUAUAACAGAUGAUGAAACUGAGAAACAAGAUAGAAGACAGACUUUUGGUGGAUUUGGUUCCAAAAGAGGAGGGUUUGGUGCUUCAACCGGUAAGAAUUAAAAGUGAAAUUUUAUAUAUAUAGUUGGCUUUAUUCCCUUUGUCUCUGUGGUGGUAUUGAUUUGAAAAUUGCAUGGAAUGGUUGGCAGUUGAUGUGACUAAAAUGGUAGAUUAUAGACAUGCACAAUCUAGAAACCAAUAAAUUGACUGGUGAUUGGUUUUACAUUGCGCUUCAUUUGUAACCACAUUCUUCCAAUUAUGCAUUUGUUUUUCAGGUGACUCUGAAAAUAGAGGCAGAGGAGGCAGAGGUAAGAACCCAUCGUUCACAUAAAAACAUUUCUAUUUUGACAUUUUUUUGUCUCUAAGCAUAACUAUUUUGUUUAUUACUAACCUUGGUGCCUGAUAAUCUGUCUCAAUCCGGCCAAGUCCCAUAUCUGUUCACUUUGAAUUCCUAGCAUAAGGAUCUGCAAUAUAAUUGCCCGAUCCUUUCUAAUUGUAUUGUUAAAACUGCUUUUAUCUUUAACAAUUCCUUUCAACAUUAUAAACAGGUGGCUACAAAGGAAGCAACGAAGAAGUAAUUGGAGGGUUUGGAAGAGGUAUGUGUCUGGUGCGAUUGAGUUUUGGGUAUAUAUUUGGGUGUGUGAAGUGUAGCAUUGUUGGUGUGUGUGGUUGGGUGUUCACAGACUGGAAGUCUGGAUUGGGAUAUACCUGGGCAAGGAGAGCAGGGAGAGAAUGGUUAUGAUGUCCCUGUUACAGUCACCAUGGGCAAAGAAAUAUAUGGUGCUUGAAGGAGGUCACUGUAAGUGUAGAGGGUAUACAUGUGUGCAGGCCAUUCCCUCUUCUGGCUCUCCUAUUAGGUUCCUGAUUCCUCAGCUACUGGAUCAUCUGCUUUUGAUUGAUUUCUCGGCAGCUUUUGAGACCUUCAGCCAUGGUAUUGUCCAUGACUGACUCUCUGAUAAUGGGGUGUUGGAGUCACUGUACUGUAUUAGUGGUUCAUCUCCUUCCUGCUUGUUGGGUUCCAGAAAGUAAUAUGGGGGUGGGGGCAACAAGAUACUACAUUGUCUCCAAUACUAUUUAACAUCUAUAUAAAGUCAUUGAAAGUGAAUCUGAGGAGAUUUGAGGCACCAGUAGGCUAAUGACACACAGCUCUAUUUCUCUAUCACAUCUCAGUUUAGAGGAGCCAUGCUGGUACCUGCAUGAGGGCCAAUAAACUCAAAGGGAAUCCUGAUAAGAUGGAGACCCUGUGAGCAAGUAGGGAACUUGUUUGUUUUGGAUGGGAAAGAAGGGAGGGGCCUGUAUUCUAGGGGUGGUCCUUGUGCCAUCAUUGUCACUAGAGGCCCAGGUGACCUCAGUAACUAGGAGCACCUACUGGUUUUGAUCACUGUGCCCAGUUACUGAACAGAAAUAGCUUGAUCCAUGGAUUUGUAUCUGGAUGAUUCAACUAGUGUAAUAUAUUGUGUGGGAUUUCCUUUUAACAGGUUCAGCUCAGGACUAGGUUACUCAAAUUACUUUUUCCCAUCUGGUCACUAAGGUCUGUGGAGAUGGCCUGUUGGCUGUGCUGUGACCUGCUUUAUAUCAGCAGGAAUUCCCUGUGGCAGCCACUAUUCCCUGUGGAGAGGUGGCAAUAAACUGUUACAUGCUUUCACUAACGAUUAAAGACUCUUUGCUGUGGUAUUUUCCUAGCUGCUAAUGCUAGUUCUUCAGUUUUGAAUUUAGUGAUAAUGGCUUUCUGGAAUAUUAAUUGUUUGUGUUGUACUUUUUAAUUGUUGUGUAAAGUGUUCUGUAUUCUCUGAAUGAAAAGCAGUAUGCACAUUUCAAUAAUAAAUAAUUAUUUAGAUAUAAGCAACUUAAAAAAAUAUCUGGCUGUUUCCUUCCUCCACCUUCGCCGCGAUCUGGCCACAGUGAUCCAUGCGACGGCCACCUCCAGGCUUGACUACUGUAAUUCACUCAAGCAGGGCUGCCCUUGAAACUGUCCCAGAAACUCCAGCGGGUGCAGAAUGCUGCAGUGAGGCUCCUCACGGGGUCCCUGCCGUGGGAGCAUAUUCAACCAGUGCUUUACCAGUUUCACUGUCUCCCAGUGGAGUAUCGGGUCAGGUUAAAGGUGCUGGUUUUGACCUUUAAAGCCCUUUGUGGCUUAGGGCCCUCGUAUUUACAGGACCGCCUCUUCUGGUAUGCCCCGCAGAGGACCUUAUGGUCCAUGAAUAAUAAUAGUUUAGAGGUCCCGGGCCCUAAGGAAGUCAGAUUAUUCUCCGCCAGGGCCAGGGCCUUCUCAGUGAUGGCUCCGACCUGGUGGAAUGCUCUGUCCCAUGAGACCAGGGCCCUGCAGGACUUAACUUCCUUCCGCGGGGCCUGUAAGACAGAGCUAUUCCGCAUGGCUUUCAAUUUUAACUUAGCCUGAUCUUUUAUUCCCCUUCCUCCCCUCCCCCACCCCUUUUUAUGAAUAUUACCCGCUCUGGGAUCCCACAGCUAAUUCUCCCCUGGUCUCCUCGCUGGCCCAAGUAGGACUAAUUUAGCCAGCUAGCCCUGGUGAUCAUCUAAUGUUUAUUGGAUGGAUUCCCCCCCUAAAUUGAUUUUUGAAUCCUGAAUUUAUUGUUAUUCACGUUUUAUACUGUAUUUUAUGCUGUUUUUUGUUGCAUCAAUUAAGUGUUUUAAAUUUGUUGUUAGCUGCCCUGAGCCUGGUUUUCUGAACCAGGAAGGGUGGGGUAUAAAUAAAAAUUUAUUAUAAUUAUUAUUAUUACUGAUAGUGUUUUCUUCCAAACAUUCAUUUCACUUAAGGUAUGUGGAAAUCGGAUGGUGAUUCAGAAGCAGGUGAUGGUGCUGGUACGUUUAAUUAGAACAAAUUAAGUGGCAAGUGAUAUUAAGAAAAUUGAUUGAUUACUGAUGUUCAUGAACAUAAAGACAGCUCCCGCUUUUAACUUUUAAAAUACCAGAUGGCACAUUAUGACUGAAAUAUCUAUAGCAUUUCUACCUACCUUUUGGGAAUAAAAAAUGGCUAUGAUUAUAUCCAGAUGUCACACUUUCAGAUGGCUAUUUCUUUUCUUGCUUUUUCACAGAAGAAGAUUUUAAAUAUAAUAGUACUUUCAAAAAUGAUAAGUAAUAUAUUUAAUUACCGUAUUUUUUGCCCUAUAGGACGCAUGUUUUCCCCUCCAAAAAUGAAGGGGGAAUGUGUGUACGUCCUAUGGGGCGAAUGCAGGCUUUCGCUGAAGCCUGGAGAGCGAGAGGGGUUGGUGCACACCGACCCCUCUCGCUCUCCAGGCUUCAGGAAGCUAUCUGCAAGCCGUGGGAGAGCUGCGCAACUUCGCGCAGCUCUCCCACAGCUUGUGGAGAGCCGCCUGCACCCCGAAGCCUGGGGGCGCACUGAGCAUAUAAUUGGAGAUGUAUGUACUGUAUUAUAAAAGGAAGAAGACUAAAGUGUACUAGUACAUGUUAUUCAUACUGUUUCUUGCCAGAAGCUCAUAGCAUUCAAGGGAUCCACUAGCUAUUUUAUUUUAGAAAAAACCACAAAUUUUAUUUUGUCACUAAAGUUUUUAGUGAGGAAAGAAAAUUAAUGCAAGUAAAACAAUCUGAAAAGCAUUGUCACGAAUUGAUUGUGGUGGUUGUGAAAAUGAAGAUAUGGUUGUGUUGUACCCAAAAUGUAUGUUACUAGAAAUUCUGUGCUCAGAUGGUGGCAUCCAACUUAAUGCUUGUAGACAUGCACUGGCAGUGGGGCUUAUCCUUCAUCUCCUAUCUCCCUGCAGCUCAUAAUGUGCCCCCAGAAUCUGUUCCAGAGUUUGGGAGAUACUCUAGAGCAGAGUGUGGGGGUUGAAGGGGGAGAAUUGAAACUGGAAGUUGCAUUCUGCAAGCAGAUUUCCAGUGCACCAAGCAAGCAGACAUUGGUGAAUGUUGCCCAAAACAUAACAGAAUGGAGAAAUUUUGUAUAGCUAGCACACUUGCUUAUUAAGGAUUAAAUUUAACUUGUAUUCUUGUGUUUGCAGGUCCAAAGGUGACAUACGUACCACCACCUCCACCAGAAGAAGAAGAAGCCAUCUUUGCACAUUACCAGACAGGGAUAAACUUUGACAAAUAUGAUAACAUUCUUGUGGAAGUUUCAGGACAUGACCCCCCACCAGCAAUACUGGUUAGUGCUGCUGCUUUAAAUAUUUCUAACAAGUAACUUAGUUAGUCUCGAGACUGAACAGUUGUGCAAAGUCACCAAGUUUUGGUUUGUUUGAUACAUCCUAUGAAAUACUUCAUAACAUCUGAACAAUAAAAGCAUAAACAAUAAGGCAUAUAUAAACCAUUUCAAAGCUGAUACAGACUGGGAUAGACUUUUCACUGAAAAGGCUUGUUGAAAAAGGGAGGUCUUCAGUAGGCAUUGAGACUGCAGCUGUUGUGUGUAACAGGAAGGAAUUCCAAAGAGUUUGUGCUUCCCUGCUAAAGGUCUGCUUCCUACAUAAUACAGAAUGGACCUCCUGGAGAGAUGUUAUCUGCAGGAGGCCCCCUGUCUUGCAAACUGCAGUGAAUGGUUACAGUUUACAAAUGCUUUGCUAUUUUAAGAAAGAGAAUGGAUUCAUCCAAAAGUCCUUGGUUUAGAGGUAUCAUUAAGUCUGGCCACCUGCUCAGUUUUGAGGUUGCAGGUUGUGUUAAAAAAAUAAGAGCACAUAAGGAGAUCUAGUGGUAACCCCUAGGUUAUGGCACUCUUUCUCCUAGAAAAGAUGUUUUUUAGCCUCUGCCUUGCUAUUCCAGAGACUGCAAAACUUUUGAACCGCCUUUUUAUUUUAAAAAUAUUUCUGUACUUCAAGGACAGUACUUAAGGACCUACUGAUUCACUUAAUUUCUACUCAUUUGUUGCUAGGGAUAACAAGAAAAUGCUACUUUAUGUUCUUUUUGUGCUUUUUUGAUGCUAGUAUUGAUUUGCUUAGCUUCCUCAAUUUUAUUUGCUUUUAACAUGUCCAUUCUGUUCUUAGACCUUUGAAGAAGCUAAUCUAUGUCCAACAUUAAUGAAGAACAUUGCUAGAACUGGAUAUCUUAAACUUACUCCAGUGCAGAAAUACAGUAUUCCUAUUAUAAUGGCAGGGCGUGAUUUAAUGGCAUGUGCCCAGACAGGAUCUGGAAAAACAGUAAGUAUAAAAUGAGGGAUUCUGCUAUUUGAGGUGGAGGAUUUGGGGCCGCAAUAAUAAUCUGACACUUGGUUUUUAAGCAUUUAAUAUUUCUAGGUUAUUUACUUUGCCCAGUGGGUGAGUCUGUCUUGGCACUUCAAUCCAUUCCCAAGAUGGACUUGAAGCGGUGAUUUCUGAAUCACUGGUAGGGAUCCAUUAAUGAACUGUGGGAGUCUUAAAUGGUGGGUCAACAAAAAUAAGUUCUCUGCAAAUGUUAUGUUUGGGUCCCAACCAAAAUCCCAUUUUGGUUUUGUCUUUGAAAAACAUAUUUUUGAAGUGCCUAUAACUCAUCUUAAUUUAUAUUAUGAAAACCUAUUAGAAAAAAGUUCGCUUCGUACAAACAUAAGAAAAUAAGUGUCACUUUCUAGAAAUACUAGAAACUAUAUUCAUUGUGAAAAGAGUUGCUUUCACUUAAUAAACACUUUAUCAGGCUAAAGUGGGUUUUUCCUACUUUAAGCAUGUUACAGAUAGCAUUGAAAAAUACAUAAUGGACAGUAUUCAGUUGUGGUGCCUUGCUUGGGCACAUAGCACUUACUGGUACUCUUACCCUCUGCUUCCCUCCCAAAAUCUGUUCUGGAGCGUUAGGAGAAGGAAAAUAAGGGGGAAUCCUGUCAUGUCCACUGGUGCAAUGGUUCAUAUUUCCCAGUACAGGUGCUCUGUGAAUAUCUUAAUUUGUUGUCAAAAUGUGCAUAUUUGGUAUACUGGUUGAAUAUUUUAAUACAGCUCCUUUGCUGCUGCCGCCUUUAGGUCUAUACUUUAGUUCCAUCGGAAGUGAAUAAACAGCCUCAUCUUUUGGCGUAUUAGUGUAUUGUGCUUUGAUCUACUCAUUAUGGGACUUGGAACAAAGAUUCAAGCAAGAAUUAUCCUAAAUUUGCCUCUCAGAAAUGUAUUUAUUUAUUGAUAGGAAGGAGGGAAAAGAAAGAUGAUGGACCAUAGUCACCUAGUUAUUUUUGAUCAUGUUCUGCUAAUUUUCCUUUCUGUGGGCUUCUUCACACUGAGAUUAGAGAACACAUCCUGGGGUUUUCCUUUUUUGGGGGGUGAGAAACUUGUCAACUAUAAUAUAUUUGCCCUUUAGGCAGCUUUUCUUAUACCAAUUUUGGCUCAUAUGAUGCGUGAUGGAGUUACUGCCACUCAAUUUGAACAACAGCAACAACCAGAAUGUAUAAUUGUAGCUCCAACUAGAGAACUGAUAAACCAGAUCUUUCUGGAAUCAAGAAAAUUUGCACAUGGGUAAGUGUUUGAACAAGCUAAAUCUCAAAGAUAGUAGUGUGUGUUUAGUAAGUGAAUUUUGGUUGUAAAAGUGCUGUUUGUGUAAUUAAGGAACCCCUGCAACGUUGGUGUGGUGAAAUGUGAACCUGUUUGGUGAAGCAAAUUGCUAAAUGUAUUCUGACUUUUAUUACUCUGACAUGAGCAAAAUGCUUGCUUCAUAAAUACGUAUACUGUACUGAAAAGGGGAAUUUGAUGAUAAACAUGUGAGGGCAAAAACCAGAGGGGGAGGUAGGUGGGCCGGUUGGCAUAGGCUCAUGAUUUUGAGGAGGCCUACUCCCAAGUACCCCUGGUAGAGGCAAUGGGGUGGGGGGCUUUGGUUAAAUGGGACCUACAUUUCCCAUUUAGCCUGGGCCUAUUACCAGCUUUGCAUGACUCUGAAUAUGUUCUUGAAGAUUAAACAUCAUAGCGAAUAGCUUCCACAAGCUGCAUGUUAAAUGAUGGAUCUGACCCUAUAAGAAUGCAUUUAAUAGGCUUGUUUGCAUUGGUCUAUGGAAGGCAAUGUAAACACCUGAAACUUUCCAUCAGAAAUAAAGUAGUAUUGAAAGCAUUGAAGCAUGAUCUGUAGGAAAGUCAUGGUCUGUUUUAUUGCAGAUAUAUGCUGAUGCAUACUGCUCAUUCGUGGAACCCUCCUCUGGUAUUUCAUAAGAGAAAAAUGAAGCAGAGCAUUGGCUUAGCAUUGAUGUGCACACCAGAGCUUGUGGUUUGUUUCUCCCAAACAAACCACAGGUGACCCCACAGCAGCUACAUCAUAAUGAUGUGUAAAAGUAAUAACCAUUCAGGAACUCUUAAUUCAUACCUUCAGGGAAUUGAGUUGGAGAGAAGUAUACUGACUCCAGUAUAAAUUAAUAUUGGAUAUCUUUAGAUAUCCCAGAUUCAAUUCCUAUAUAGUCGAACCCCUGUUCUAUAAGCAAUACUUAAAAUGGUUAACAUCUUACUAGAGUGACAGUGUUAUCUUUAGCAUGCAAUAUAUCUUAAUGCUCUUCUGGAAUUCAGUAUUGAUGGAACAGCCAUUGUGUUGUAUUUUCUUAUAUUUGUUUGUUUUUUCAGAAAUGAUUCAACAGUCUGUUAAAAUUGAAUAGUGUUCAGAUAUUGAUAGCUGUGUUUUUUAAAAGAGUAAAUAGCCUGCUUGAUUCCAAUAUCAGAUUAGCAAAAUGCUUUUUGCAAUUUCAGGGGGUGUUUAAAAUGUGAUCAUGUACCGUAACUUUGGGUUCAAUCCAUCAAACACUCCUGCAGUAGAGUCUCCAUGCAUUUUCAGUGAGUUUUCCUCAUCAUGUGGAAUUCAAGCCCUGUUAAAAUGCACAAAGGGCAUGUGGUUGUUCAGUGGAUUUUAUAUUUGAUAGAUUAAAUUUAUAGUACAGGAGAUAGCAACUAAUACAAAAUAAAAAGAAGAUAAUGCAGCUUUGUUAAGGCCAUGGUGUUAUGUCAGUAUGUAAGUGGGUACUGAGACAUUGAAAUGUGUUCACUAUUAUCACUAAAUGAGAAAUGCAAUAUAUUUUCUUGUGCCUAGAACUUGUAUAAGACCAGUUGUGACUUACGGAGGAACACAAACAGGUCAUUCACUUCGUCAGAUAAUGCAAGGUUGUAAUAUAUUGUGUGCCACCCCUGGAAGGCUUUUGGAUUUCAUAGGCAGAGAAAAGGUGAGAUCUGUGUGCUAAUGUUUUUUGUGUUUUUUUUUUUUCAUAAAUUGAAGUGUUUUCUCAUUACAACAAAUAUUGAUAAUCCACUAUAUAAUUUAAAAAACACCAAGUGGUUUAUAGUAAUAUUUAGAACAAAACAUGGAAAAUUUAAAAUUGGGGACCCAUCAACUAAGUAUGAUGGAAAUACAUUUUAAUUGCCUUUAUGGCAGUGGUUUACUACAAGCGCUCAGACAUAUAGACACAAAACAAAUAUAAAAUAUUUUGUUAAGGGUGGCCUAGCACUGACCUAGGCAGAAGAACAAGUGCUGUGCUCUUACUGUAUUACAUUACUAAACUAUCUAUGUUGGCAAUGUACAGUAUACAGAUGCUGUUUGCAACUCAGUUACCUGUGAUAAAAUAAAAUGCUUACCAAGGUUACUGCUGAAAUGUGGAUGUGUUAGCUGUAAUCUCUUGAGUCAAUGUGCUGUUGCAGAAGCACCUGCUGUCAUAGAACUCUAGUGGAGUAACUAGUGGAGUUUUCUGUGGGUAACACUGAUGUAGCUGUACUGUGUGAGAAGUACAAGUGAGAAGUCUAAAUGUAGCAGCCUGACACAUGGAAUCUACUGCUGCCGCUAGGGGGCAACCAUGUUGUAGAAGUUAAUGUAUACUUUCAUUUGGAGUUUAAUUAUGCUGAGCGUUGUAGCGAAGGGAGUAGGAUGAAAAGCGUUGCAGAUAUGUUUUUUUAAUACUGUACCAUGUUAAGUUUGUAUAGCUGUCACAUACAAUGGAAGUUUUCUUCAUUUUUGGGUUAACUUUAAAUUUAUUUAGAUUGGGCUGAGGAAGCUACAAUAUUUGGUGUUGGAUGAAGCAGAUCGUAUGCUGGAUAUGGGAUUUGGCCCAGAUAUGAAGAAAUUAAUUUUAUCUCCAGGCAUGCCGCCAAAGGAAAAACGCCAAACACUAAUGUUUAGUGCCACAUUCCCUGAAGAAAUCCAGAGGUAUGUUCAGUGGCGGAGCUUCAUGCUCCAGCACUGGGGGGUGGGGCACCCAGCGCUGGCGGUGGGGGGAGCUGCAAUGGUACCCUACUGGGACCGCGUUGCUAGGGUUGGUGCGCUCCCCCCGCACUCCUCUUCCUCUGCCAGUGGGUAUGUUCAUUUUAAAAACAUGAAUCCUAAAUUUUAAAUCACUAAUAAGAGUGAGAACAUUUCAACAUGAGUUUUUCCGAAAGGUCAAUACCUGCACAUUUAAUACAAGAGGCAUUUAUUUAUCUGACUGUUAUUCAUAUGAAGAGUCCCCGUCAAUUGUGCAAGUUGGUUAUGUUUCAGAACACAGUAUUGGAAAAUGCAUUUUCAUGCAGGACUAUGUAUAAUAUGAACAUAUGUGUUUUGUAGAACUAGUUGACUGAUAGUUAACUUUUGCUUUCUUGCAUAUACACUAGAACAACUCCUUAUUAUCCAAGCUAUUUCUCUGAUUCUCCUCAACUUAGCUGUUACUUCCAAGUUAACUUGAUUUAUUUGUUCAUUUUAAAGGCUAGCUGGAGAAUUCUUGAAGGCAGAGUACUUAUUUGUUGUUGUUGGACAAGUAGGUGGAGCCUGCAGUGAUGUUCAGCAGACAAUACUUAAAGUGAAUCAGUAUGACAAGAGAGAGAAGCUUGUUGAGAUUCUCAAUGGCACAGGUAACUACCAUGUAACGGGUCUCUUAGAAAGAUAAUGAAAUGUAACCAAUCAGCACAGAAUUUUGUUACACUUAGGCCCCUUGAAACCAAAAAGUUGUGGAACUGGGCAAUAUAGUGAUUUUUUUUAUGUACUAUGUGGAAUGUGUAGAUGAGAUCAUUAGAGAGAUAAGGAUAGCCUGCUUGUUGGUCAAACCAAACUUUUUUGGACCAGUGUGAAAUCAGGGCUAAAAGUAUAAAUUUUCCUAUUCAUCAGUAAAAUAACUCUUAUUUUUAUUUGGAAUAGAUUUGUGCAAGUUGUAUCCUUCUCCCUAAAAUACCCAGGAAUCUGAAAUGCUGUGUAUGGAAAACUAUUAAUUGUUGCCAGCCAAGUUGGCCCAUGACCUUCAAUGGGUAUAUUCUAACUUCAGUGGGCCUAUUUGGAGUAUGUCUAAUGUUGGAUACAACUCUGAGAGCAGAAGCAUGAGCUAUAUACCUUUAUUUAUGGAUUGUAGGUUUUUUAAAAAAAUGUAAUGUUGCUUAAUCCGGAUUGCUAUAUUUAGGAAGUUAAUGAGAGAGGUGUUUUAAUUUUCAGAUUGGCCUUGGGCUUUAGGGUUUCGCAACACCUUGAUCUCAGACAAAAAUAUUGUCCUUUCCUUAAAUACUGUCAGUCAUUCUAAUAUCCAUUGUCUGUUUGUCUAGCUAUUACAGAAUUAAUUGGAAGUGCAAAUUGGAAUUUUGUAUUUUUUCUAUGCUUUUAUUUGACUUUAUACUGGUUAACGUUUAAGAUUGUUGCUGUGUGUCCCUCAAAACCUAUUUGUAUAGGCUACAAGUCUUGCUUUUGCAUCUUACCAUGGCUAGUAGUUACUGUCUGAAGAUUUCAGAGGCAGCAUGCUUCUCAGUACCAGUUGCUGGGAAGCCAGAACAGGAGAGAGUGAGAGUGUAUGUGCCUUCAUGGAUUGCUUGGCUUCCCAGAGUAAUCUGGUUGGCCUCUGUGAGAUGCUGGACUAGAUGAACCCUUAACCAGAUCCAGCUGGACUUUCCUUAAUAUAGUAUGGUGGGAAUUACUAGAAACUACUAGCUUCAUUCCAAGCAUGUAGCUGUACUCUGUGCUAAAUGGUAGAAAGUUAUAUGGUGAAGUACUAUUAAUAACUAUUACUCAUAAAAUGCCUAAAAUUACUAAACAUUCUCCAGAAAGCUAAAAAUAAAGAAGUCCUCUCAAUCUAAAGCUAAAGAUGAUAUUUUAAGGAGGGUUACUUGAGAAAAGCUGGGAUGAGUAAAUGUCUGGUAGCUUAACGUAAAAUACUGAAAAGCAAAGAAACUAGAUUUUUAACAAUCUUACUAAUAUGGGCAUCAGAAUUACUACUGGCACUUGAAAACUAUUGAUUUACUAUUUUAUUUGAAUAGAUAUAUCUUAAUAUUAUGUCUGCCUUUGUAAAGGUGAUAAGCGAACCAUGGUGUUUGUGGAAACUAAGAAAAAAGCAGACUUUAUUGCAACAUUCCUUUGCCAAGAAAACAUAGCAACAACAAGUAUUCAUGGGUAAGUAUAUAUUCAUAGUAAAUCAUGAUUCAGUUACUUUUAAAGCACCCUAUAAGCUGGUGACAUUCAAAUAGCUAACUGCAUUGAUUUUUUUAAAAAGAGAGACAGGGAGAGAGAAAAGUUCUUUCCUUCCAUGGGGGCAAGAUGGUUCUUUACUUGCCCCAUUAUAUGGUAUGUCUGUUCUUAAUUAUCCUAACCAUCAAUUUGCCCUUUUCACUGCCUGCAGUGUAUAUUACUUUGCCCUUAUUUUCAAUCUAUUCUACCAUUCUUUAGUAAGUUCAGUAUAGCCUCAGCACACUAUAUAAAAGUAUUAGUUUCAGAAGUAUGCUGUCUUAGUGAAGUAGCAGCAUGUCUUUAUUGCACUUGAGGUAGCUUUUUUAUGUUCAGGAGGAGCUUUGUAAGGUAUGAGACUGGUGGCUUCUGCUUAUUUGGAAUAGUGUUCUUUCUCAGCUUCAGGGUAAACAUACGAGGAUAUAUUUAUCAGUACAACUAGUGUGCUAUUCCAUACAUUAAAAAAGUAUCCUGACAUAUCAUUUCUAAAGUGUCAAUUCUAAAGUGGUCUUUUUCAAACCCAGAAAAACAUUCAGGCAUUGUUUCAAACUUCUGGGCUUGCAUAACUUGGUAAGUGCACCAUUCUACAGUAGAAUGCAAUGCAGAAUUUUCUGUGUAUCUAGAUGACUUGAAAACUGCAUUUGCACUUUGUACCAUACCAUGAUUUAUUGGGAGUGUGCUCAUCUCAAAACACUGAGCAAAAAAAGUCUGACGUGCAUACUCCCACUUCCUCCCAUACAGUAAGGAGAAGGGCUUCUGAUAUUAUUUUUACUUUUUAAGUAAUUUAGCUUAGAAUUAUGCUCCCAUCAGAGGUGCUUGUUUAAAACAAGCUUCAUGCCAUGAGUUAUGGAACUGUCGUCUGUGGUUUGAACAUAACACUGAGAUGAGUUUCUUUAAAGUGAAACUUAUUUCAGCAGUAUGCCACCUCCUGGUUGUAGAAGGGGAGGGAAGCUAGUUAAGGCUCAUCCAUAUAGCACCAUAUCAUAAGUCAUUGGUACAUGUGACAUGGAUAGAAUGCCUCACCUAAUCAAAUAUUGUUGGAGUGGAUGUCACACUGUGGGUACAAUUCUCCUUUUCUCCUAUGUGAAAGACUUGCUCUGAGGAGGCAAGCCUCACCCGCAAAAAAUGAAUAUAGAGUAGACACAGGUUGCAAAAGCAAACCCAAGAACAAACCCUGAAUGUUUGCCAAGAGUGUUGGCCAAAUUUCUAUGGGUAUUAUGUACCAAACCAGCCCAGAGACGCAAAGGAAAUCUUUUCAACAGUACGUAGACUAGAGCACAUGACACAAGCAACUUACACAAGGUAUCUUCUUUACAACUGUUUGUUUUCCUGUUUCUCUCCCUAUUGCUUUCAACAUUUUAGAUUGCAGUCGGAUCUGGACUUUUAACUCUAUGGUCUUUAUACUAAUCCAAACCUACGUUCUCAGUUGGUUUCAUUUCUUUCUUCCUGAAUUUACUUCCUGUUUUAUUUUGGAUGUAUGGCUACUUCCCAUGCAUAAAGGUUGGUAGCAAAAGACUUGUUAAACCGUUGUGCAUGCCUGUUUUUCUUGUAAGGCAACAUUGCCACAAGUGGACACGCAACAGUGGUUUAUGCUGUAUCUGAGCAGAAGCUCAAAAGCGUGGCACGAUACUGGACUUCAGCUGCUUUUUUACAAUGUACUCUUUGCUCCCAGCUUGGUACAUGAAGCAAAAUCACCAGCAGGUUACAUGCAUAUUAAUACACAUUUACCACUUUCAAACCUAGUGGAGGUUCAUACACUUAUGAGCUUGGAAAAGGGUAGGGGUAUGUGUGUGUGUGUGUGUGUGUGUGUCCCCCCCGAUAAUGUUUUUAGCUUCUCCAAAAUUCUAAAAGUAGUGAGGUUCUUGCUGCCCUGAAUAUUUCCAGUUGUUGACAGCUUGACAGGAGUGCCACAGCUCCCCAUCCAGUUUGAAGCUAGUGAAGAGUCUGGAGGAUUGCUCUUGUACCCAAAGACCUCCAAAGCAUCAGAGAAUGCAUAGGGAUGUUUGGAGUAUAAAUCUUGGCUGGUCUCUGAAUUGAAGUGAUUAUGAUCUUCUAAAUGGUUUUAACUUUUAUUAUUUGUGUAUUUUGAUACAAAGUCAAUAAAACAUUGUUUUUUGAAAGAUGAGAUAUGCUUUUGUUUAAUUAAAUAACUAUUGUACAUUACUGUCAGUAUGUUUAUGGUAACUACAGCUGAAGAGUAAGUUUUGUGUACUUGUUUCCCAGCCUCUUACAAGCUGGAACUUACCAUUUAGGGGAUUCUAAAAGUUGGAAUAAAUAUUUCAUGGAAUGACUUUUGAAGUAGUCAUGAUAGGAGCUGAUAGACACUCUUUAGAUUUUUCCUCUUUUCAUAUACUGCUUUAUUUCUCUGAGCUCUGUAGAAACACACAACUAUUUGAGACAAGAAUUAUACUUUAUGAUAAACAGUAAGAAAUGCCUCCCCAAAAGCCAUUAGCUGUAAAGUUUUGUAAUAAUAAAAUUGUAAUAGAAUAUACAUUAACUUAUGCUCAGAACAAAUGUAAUGUGUUUUUGCCAUGCCGUAUAUGCUGCUAACUUUGAAUGACCCUAAAUAUCUGCAAAGUUGGCCUCUCCUGCCAUUUAACAUUACAUAUUAGCUUUUAGUUACAUGUUUAACUUGGCAAAUAUGCAUUUGAAUAAGAAUAUUGCUGGUGUUGUUUGCUUGUGUAUUAGAAUCGCUGAACUUCACUCACGUUUGUAAAGAGAUGUAAUUAUUUUUCUAUUUACAGUGAUCGGGAACAGAGAGAGCGAGAAGAAGCUCUUUAUUAUUUUCGUUCUGGAAAAUGCCCUGUUCUUGUUGCUACAUCAGUGGCAGCAAGAGGUCUGGAUAUUGAAAAUGUUCAACAUGUCAUAAAUUUUGAUCUACCUUCCACAAUUGAUGAAUAUGUUCAUAGGAUUGGACGAACUGGGCGUUGUGGUAAUAUUGGCAAAGCAACUUCUUUCUUUGAUGCUAGUUCAGACAGUCCUAUUGCACAGCCUCUAGUCAAAGUGCUUGCAGAUGUAAGUUUUUUUGUUCUGGAAAUUUGCUUUUAUUAUUACUACUAAACUGAAAGUCACAAAACAAAUGACACACUAAACAUUUCUUUGAAGGCUCAACAAGAAGUGCCAGUGUGGCUAGAAGAGAUUGCUUGUACUUCUGGUGGAAUUGGUUUUAGCAGUCCAAGGGGAAACAUGUUUGCAUCUGUUGACUCUCGAAAGGUAAAUCUUAAGCAGAACCGCUGAUAAUGAUUGAUCCGAAAACUUUAUUUUGGAUAAUGGGUAAUCUUGAAAGUUUUUAGAGUCUUGAAGAACACUUUUAAACAAGCUGCUCUCUGAAGCACCUCAGCCCCCUCUCCCCAUCUUAACAUCUCACUCCAGGAAGCUUUAAUAAAGGGGGGGAGGAGUGCUUCAGAGAGCAGUUUACCCAGCCACUCUCUGCAGCAGCACCUCUGUUAAAGGUAGCCCCAGGGAGGUUAGAUGGUGAGUGGGAGGCGCAACAGAGAACAGUUUGCCAAACUGCUCUCUGAAGGGCCCCUCUGUUAAAGGUUGCUUCAGCUGCUGCACAAGUAAGUGGUGCUUCCUAGAAAAGAGGGAAAACAGGAAAGCUCAUCCUUUCAAAAACUUGCUUUUUUUAUCCCCUGUGAGAGCUGCAUUCAGCAAACCUGAGCCAAGUUUAACCCCUGCUCAGCAUGUGCUUCCAGGGGGAGGGGGGAAAUAACCCAUUUCCCAAGGAUCAGCCUUCCUUAAGCGAUUCUUCUACCCCGGGGAUGCAGGGGAAAAAGACAUCUGUUUGCUUUCUCUGCGGACACCUCUUCCCAGGGAAUAUGCAUAUGCAGCAAAAGCAAGCAGACAGUGCUUUUGUGCUGUUUCCUGUGAGGUUAGAAGCAAUCCACUGUUACCACUUCAGGUUCUAGAUCAGGGGUGGGUGGGAGCUCAUCACAUUUGCCAGAGUGGGGCAGGGGCUCAGGGGUUUUCUGUAUACAGAUGCUAUUUUCUCAUGGCUCUGGUUUAAUAAUGUAAGUUUAAACAAGGUGCUCGCUUGCGUAGAGAUGCUAAAACUAGCAGUGGGAACGGGAAUUAACUCCCUUUAAUGUGGUGUUAAAAACUAGUUUUGCAUUAAGAUUUCUCUGUGGCAGCUACUGCAGAAAGCCUGUGUUGCCAGUUUUCAGUCUCUCAGCAGUAAUGUAAUAUCUUGAGUGGAGCAUAGAGAGCCUUCAUAUUGUUACAGGACUCUCUUGGUGAUAUGAUAUGAUACGAGCACUCUGUGCAAUGGCAACAGUCCAUAGGUUCAGGUUCUCUAUAGACAUAAACAUGCUGCAGUUACAUCAAUCAAGAGGGUAACAAGUAUUUGCAAGUAUAAUAAGUAAAUUUGUAUCUGACAACUUACCAAAUGAAAGUAUCAAUGGCAUUGGUAUUGGUUGAGUUGUGGUAUAGUUUGUCAUUUUCUUAGGGCUAUUGUGCACAAGACCAGUUUAUAAUGUAGUAUAUCUCUGAAUACAGAUUAAACAGAUAAAUUGUGAACAUCAUCAUCAUCAUCAUAAUUUAUUAUUAUUUAUACCCCGCCCAUCUGGCUGAGUUUCCCCAGCCACUCUGGGCGGCUCCCAAUCAAGUGUUAAAAACCAAUACAGCAUUAAAUAUUAUAAACUUCCCUAAACAGGGCGGCCUUCAGAUGUCUUAAAAAUAGGAUAGCCGCUUAUUUCCUUGACAUCUGAUGGGAGGGCGUUCCACAGAGCGGGCGCCACUACCGAGAAGGCCCUCUGUCUGGUUCCCUGUAACCUCACUUCUCUCAAUGAGGGAACCGCCAGAAGGCCCUCGGCAUUGGAUCUCAGUGUCCGGGCUGAACGAUGGGGAUGCAGACUCUCCUUCAGGUAUACAGGGCCAAGGCCGUUUAAGGCUUUAAAGGUCAGCACCAGCACUUUGAAUUGUGCUUGGAAACGUACUGGGAGCCAACGCAGAUUUCUCAGGACCGGUGUUAUAUGGCCCCGGCGGCCACUCCGUCACCAGCCUAGCUGCCGCAUUCUGGAUUAAUUGCAGGUUCCGGGUCACCUUCAAAGGUAGCCCCACGUAGAGCGCAUUGCAGUAGUCCAAGCGGGAGAUAACUAGAGCAUGCACCACUUUGGCAAGACAGUCUGCAGGCAGGUAGGAUCUCAGCCUGCGUCCCAGAAGGAGCUGGUAGACAGCCACCCUGGACACAGAAUUAACCUGCGCCUCCAUGGAUGCAAGUCCAAAAUGACUCCCAGGCUGCCCACCUGGUCCUUCAGGUCCUUCAGACCACAAAUGUGGAAGUGAACUAUAGAGCUCAUUUAUUUCAGAAUAUUUGGUGUUCAUUACUGAUGGCUAUAAUUAUGUUUUCUGAUCUCUGGGCAGCCAGAAUCUGGCAGGUACUUCAAGAAGAAAAGUAAUCAUGUUGCAUACCUUCUCAUUGCAAUAUAUAAUUUUGAAAAUCUGCUCAACUUUGAUUUAAUGUAGGUUUACCAUGGCAAAGAGAAUCACCACAGCGGAGGAGGUGGAGGAUUUACAGCAUCAAAUAUAAGUGCACCUGAUGAGUCAUGGGAUUGAGGCUACCAUCUGUCAUGGAACAACGUUCUUAAUUUACCAUGCUAAAUCUUCCGAACAAGAUGGUUAUGUGUGAAACUGGCUGGUUUCUAAACACAUUUAUUUUAUUAAAUCCCUUUGAUUUCAGUGCGACUUGCUUCUAAGUAAAUGUGCUUAGGAUUGUGACUUUAAAAUGUUCAAGAAAUUGUUAAUGUUCUGCUUCCUGUUGUCCAGGAAAGGUGAUUGGGAUAAACAUACAGGAGUUUUAAUUUGUUUUUGAAUUACUUAUUUUACUGAUCUGUUCAAUGGUUGUGUGAAAUAACACCAGUUUGCCACAAGGAACUGUUGUAAAUUAUUGUAAAAACACUAAAUAAAAACUUAGGAUCAUGUUCUGUGCAGUACAUAAUAAUCACACCGCCCUGUGCUUUUUGACAUGCAGGUAUUAAGGCAAAGAGAAAGCUUAACACUUCCUGCUUUUCCCUAAUUCCCUCAAACCUUUCAAAAAAAUAGUACCAUCAUGGCUUGUAUGAUGGUUACAAAUUGACUGCAAACAAUAUUCAUGAUCAAAGUGGACUUUUGUACAUUGGUGUCAAUGUUGGCAAUACACCCUGUAUUUUCUGUUCUCCCCUGCUGCACAGUGUUCUUUUCCCCCUCUUACAUUGAAAGUACAUUGGAAUUAAAACUUUCAUCUAGUACUGUACACAACUGC